AUGGCGGCGAACGCGGACGGUUCGAACGCGUACGCGCUGCUGACGCUCGACUACGUCGACGGGAUGCUCGAGAAGCGCGCGCCGCAUCGCGAGGCGCACCUCGCGGGCGCGCGGCGCGCGCACGAGGAGGGGAAGGUGGUCAUGGCGGGCGCGUUGCUCGAUCCCGUCGAUCAGGGGGUGUUCGUGUUUAAGAAUUGCGAGCGCGAGGAGAUCGAGGCGUUCGUGAAGGCGGACGCGUACUACGUCGCGGGGCUCGUGCCGAGGUACGCGAUCAGGCCGUGGAUGGUGGUCGUCGGGAACUGA